AUGACUGAUCUUGCAAACACGGAGAUGCGGCCGUCGGGCUCGGACAUCCCAAAAGACCCAGAGAAACAAGAGAGUAGCUGUUCGGAAAGCGAUCAGAGCAAGAAUACUCCGAAAAGCCCACGCAAUGUCCAUGGCUUCCUAUGGGUGACGGUGGUUCUAGCCAUCUACAGCUCGACAUUCCUCUUCGCCCUCGACAACACCAUCGUCGCCAACAUCCAGCCCGCCAUCAUCAAAUCGCUGAAUGGAGUCGACAAGCUGGCCUGGUCGGGCGUCGCAUUCGUGAUGGCCUCCAGCGCCACCGUCCUCACCUGGCUGCAGAUCUUCAACCAGUUCAAUAUCAAGUGGAUGUACAUUUUCUCCAUUGCCGUGUUCAUGGUGGGCUCCGCCAUCUGCGGCGCAGCGCAGUCAAUGAACAUGCUCAUCGGGGGCCGUGUGGUCUGCGGCGUAGGCGGCGUGGGCCAGUACGUCGGCGUCAUGAAUUUCCUCCCUCGCUUGACAUCAAUGCAAGAACGUCCGAUGUACGUCAGUGCGAUGGGCCUAACCUGGGGCGCGGGCACCGUGCUGGGUCCCAUCAUCGGCGGCGCGUUUACCGAUAGCUCAGCGGGCUGGAGGUGGUCAUUCUACAUCAACCUUUGUGUCGGCGGCCUGUUCACCCCGGUGUACAUCUUCUUGCUUCCUUCGCUGCAUCCGCAGCCCGUGGGAACGCCCGUUAUCGAGCGGCUGAAGCGGAUGGAUCUACUGGGCUCGCUCACCCUCAUGGGUGCCUUUGCGGCGGGAGUCAUCGGCGUGAACUUCGCGGGCGCCAUGUAUCCAUGGGACGCACCAGGCAUUAUCGUCGCACUUGUUCUAGGCGGCGUGCUGUUUAUCGUCUUUGGGAUCCAGCAAACCUUUUGCAUCUUCACCACCGAAGACACUCGCCUCUUCCCCGUCGAACUGGUCUCGUGGCGCAAGCCGCUCCUCACCCUCCUCUUCAUCUGCGGCUGCUGCACAGGAGUCUGCGUCACGGUCCCCACGUACAUCAUCCCCCUGUAUUUUCAGUUCACCGCGUCGGACGAGUCCCUUCAGUCAGGUGUCCGGCUACUCCCCUUCGUCUGCCUCCUCGUCUUCAGUUGCGUGGGGGGCGGAUUCCUCACCUCCCGUCUGGGAUACUACAUCCCCUGGUACAUCAUGGGAGGAGCGUUUUGUCUGGUCGGCUCCGCGCUGAUGUACACAAUCCAUCCUCACAGCAGCGCAGGAGCCAUCUACGGCUACAGUGCGCUGAUCGGUCUAGGAGCCGGAAUGUACCUCCAACUAGGCCACGCCGUGGCGCAAGCCAAAGUCAAGCCUGAAAAGGUCCCGGCCGCCGUUGCUUUUACCACCACCGCGCAGCUGAAUGGUCUGACGUUUGCGUUGGUCAUUUCACAGUGUGUCUUUGUCAAUGAGGCUGCGAAGCGAAUUGCAUGGGUGCUCCCGCACGAGGCCCGGUCCACCAUCAUCGAUGCCAUUUCUGGGACUGGGUCGACGUUCGUGCAGGACUUGGACCCGGCUACCAAGAGCAGGGUUCUCGCUGCGAUUGUGACGGCCAUUGAUCGGACUUAUAUUCUAUGCAUUGUUGCUGGUGCAGUCACCCUGCUUGCAACGUUUGGUAUGAAAUGGGAGCGGCUGUUCAUCGCCGCUACGGCUGCUGCAUGA